GAUGGAGUUACAUGAACAUUGAAAAGAAACCAUUCAGGUUGGGGCGGUUUCAGGUCCUGGUUCACGUUGGUUUAUUUCGCAUGGUGCAAUUUUUGCUCGCCUCCUCUUUGGGGUGUCUCGCGGCCGCUCUUUCUGCCAUUGUUCUACGGGUGAAUCGCUUUACUUCUCUUGCGCCAGCUGUCACAAUCAGGGUGCUCUUGGACGCUGUUUUUACGACAAAUUAGGUUACUUCAGCUUGUCUUCUAUUUGGUGGCGUGUGGUUCGGCAUUGCCACGCAUCACAUUCUAAAGAAUGAUAAUACUCCUGGUGUUUUUUGGU